AGUAGGGUUAUAAUUUAUUUACAUCUUUAAACUAGCUUAUUGUACCUAUCAUAAUUAUUUGAAAACGUACAUGGCCUAAUUAGCGUUUAAAAAACAAAAUACAACUUCUGUUACGCUUAGAAGUUAUGGAAGUUAAAAGGAACUAAUUGGAUCUAGAUCAAAGUAACAACUUGAGCCAAAAAUACAGAACUAUAAAUCGAUCUAGAUCUAAAUAUAAGCAAUUAUGACUAGAAUUUGAACUCGAUCUCGCUAGAACUAGACAGUACUUGAACUAGAUAUAACUGCGCCUAGUCCUUUGUCUAUAAUUAGAUCUAGAUUGAACUACUUCAUAGACGACCUUGAACUAGAAGACAAUAAACCAGACAUAAACAGGAGCACUAUAAAUUUAACAAGUUGUGCCCAAGUUUUAAUAAACAAGUCUUUAUAAAGUUAGAAGUUUUCACAAACUUGCUGAUGUAAACAUAACAACAGUAAAGUAAACAUUAUUGCAACUUCUCGUCUGGCAGGUAUGUGUACAUUCAAAGGAUGCUUGAAUUGUAUCUUAUGCUUAAAUGUUGAAAGAAAAAUCACACACUUUAUUUAUGCUAGGGUUGACGGGUAGGACAUGGUGGCAGAAAUUAGAAUGUGGCAAGCGUAAUAAAUUAAAAACUUGGAAGAAGAUAAUAUUAAUGUGUCGUUUACACGAAACAAAACAAAGAGUUAACAGACUUGGACAAUUUAUUGCAGGACCCGGUGCUUAUUUCACUACGAUACAACUCCAGCCAUAACCACAGUAGCCCCACCCCCUUUUUCCCCCCACUCCUAGCAGUUCAUUCAGAAACAGAAAAAAAAAAAAGAGUGGGAAAAUUUUUUCCCCAUCUCACGCGCACACCUCUUCACAGCGCCUUCCCCCUUUUCUUCCUUGAUUACUUUUUUUUUCUUUCUCUUUUUUUUUUCCUUCCGUCCUUCCUUCGGUUGUAGCGGGAUCAGAAGGAAAGCCGGGUUAGUCGAGAAAUGGAGCAAACGAGAGGUUCUAGCUCCUGAAACUUGUGAGACUAACAGACGAGAUCUAAGAUCACAGAUCUGCUACUUCUGUGUUGGAGUCUGUUUGUGUGUGUGUGGUGCCAAAGUGUUUCUAAUUUAAUGUGGAAACUUGGUUUUCAAUUUGUUUGAAUUCGUGUCGGAGGACAAUGUUGCUGCUAUGGUCGUAUAUUUUGUUGUCUGCUGUACUAACGGGAUCUUCUGCUCAUCUGGUGAAGGAAUUUACGUCUGCUCGAAGAGAGGCCGCGCGCUCUAUGGAGCCUGACAAAGGCGGGAACGGUGAUGACGUCAUGGACAUUGACAUGGCCGCAGCGCUCUGUGAAAAGUACAACGAGUGGUCCAAGUGGUCAUCCUGCACCAGAAAGUGUGACCAGACCAGGGUCAGAAGGUGCCGCAUUCCGGAGGAGUGCGGCCGGAGUUGGGUCAAAGAGAAAAGGACUUGCAUUCAGGAGAAAGGCACCUGCUACCCUUUGACCUACAAGGUUGGUGGCCUUGACCUUGUCAUUGGCAUGCAGAAGCGAAAUCGUCUGAUUGAAGAGCUCCUGUACGACAUUUUGUACGCCCAAUGGACAGCAUGGGGGCCCUGCACUCGCUCGUGCAGGCAACGCCGUCAAAGGGAAUGCAAACAAAAGUCUAUAUGCGUUCGCUCCUACAUUCAGGAAGAACGCAGGUGUCAAUUCCCAGGCUCUCAGUGCGAGCACCGCUUCAGUCUAAAGCCCCUCGGCAUGGGCAAAUCCACCAGCACCAACUCCAGCGCCAGUGAGAACGACCUAGGGGACGACGAUGAAGACGACUCUGCCGGGGGAGCAGACGAUAACGAAUAUGAUAGCAACAGCAAAGACGACAGCCUCGUGGCCAGCCUGUUGGCCGCUGACGUCACCGCCAACGGAAGUCACAUUCAUUCCAAACCCAAAAACAAACUAGACAACAGGACUAACAAAAAAAGAAAACUGGCCUUGGAAGAGCUGACCUCGGCACAGAAAGAAUGUGGAAUACGUCCGAAAAGUUUGCUGGGGUCUUAUCGAGUAGUUGGAGGUCAGGAGGUCAAAAUCAAUAGUUGGCCGUGGCAGGUGGCCAUAUUAACCAAAUUCCACGAGCAAUAUUGUGGAGGUACAUUGAUAGCCCCCAGGUGGGUUUUGACCGCUGCCCACUGUGUUAAGAAAAACAACCGAAGGAGAAAAUUAAUUGUAAGAGUUGGUGAGCACGACAUGCAGAAGUUUGACUCGACGCAAGAAGAUAUUCGUCCUGAAAGUGAAUUUCCUCAUCCAGACUUUGAUUACCAGACCAUCACCAACGACAUCGCUUUGAUCAAACUUCGCCAUCCCCCAUCUGCCUUCACCCAACCCGGGUUCGCCUGCCUCCCGCCUGAGGACUUUAAGCCCAAGCGCAACAAACCCUGCACCAUCGUUGGCUGGGGCAAACUGAAGAACACGCAUAUCUACGGUUCAGACUCUCUCCAGGAGGCACAGGUUCCCGUGGUGCGGCACCAGAAAUGCCGCAGGGUGUUUGAGUAUAAUAUUACUUCCAGCCAGGUCUGUGCUGGGUACAAGCGAGGAGGGAUCGACUCUUGCGCCGGAGACAGCGGCGGGCCUCUGCUGUGCAGUGACUACGAUGAGCACCAGGAGAGAUACUAUCUUUAUGGCGUGACCAGCUACGGCGAAGGUUGUGGGAAGAAAGGCAAGUAUGGCAUCUAUACGAAAGUGUCCAGCUACUUGGACUGGAUUUACCAAACAAUCAAAGACAACAGAUGAAGGGACGGGCCCCCAAAGUUGUGAUCAUACAAGUCUUAGAGUUUUGUUACAAACCAUCAACUCAAUUUGAUUUCAUACAUUUGAUCCACUCAGAUACCGGGCACAGACUUGAGCUACGCGCAAACUUUGCUACAUGUUUUUGUAUCAGAAGGGUGAUAAUUGGGAAAGGGGACAAUGUUUGGAGAAGUUGUGGUUCUUGGAUGCUGUGUGAUAGUAAGAAAAAAUGCAACCCGGAAAUAGUCAUGUAAGGAUAGAAACUUAAAAGUAGAAUAGUCUUAGAUGUUUACACAUAGAAAAUGAAAGAACUUCCUCAGUCUUUUGUAUUGUUCCCAACAUAAGAAUACAAUUUUAAAUUUUUUUUACAAUUUCUACCUUGUAGAUUAUAUACCUUGUAAUUUUGCUGUUAUUUCGGUAUCAUUGGCAUAUUUACAGUUUUACUACGCAUGAUGGGUUAAUCUUGUCAAUUGGCCUAUUUUUUUUAAAAAGUCAAAUAUUACUGAUAUGAAAGUGAAGAUUUGUAUACAGCAAGCUGAAAUAAAGAUUUGCUAACUGGAAAAGAAAAAGAAAUAAUUAAUGAUAAGAUGAUUUGCUGAUUUUAAGAUGUCGCCUUGAGGGUUAGAUGUUGUCAUUCGCCAUCAAUCAUAAUGGCACAGUUCUGUGGCACUGCCACACCACCAAAUGUAUUAUAUUUGAAGUACGGGUUGAUCUCUGUAGACUCCAGUCUUUGUUGCCGACAUUUAAUGUUUGGUGUUUAUAUACACACAUAUAUAUAUAUAUAUUCAGUACUAUAAUAAGGUGGGUAUGUCUGGUAUAAAUGUUUGAUAUUUUGAACCAAUUGGGACCUGAUUACAGUAAAACUGCACAAUUUCAUUAAUUUUUUUUUUAAUCUAAAUUAGUAAUGUGAUGCUUUUGAUCAGAAGAAGAAAAAAACAGUUUGUAUUUUCUUAGCAUACUUUUCACAAGACUAACAAACACAUUUUUUUACAUGAUAAAUAUCAUAACAGCAAAACAAAAAAGAUAAAACAGUAUCAAUGAAAAUAAGAAAAUAAGAAUUUUAAUUUGAAACAUUAUUAGUUACAUAUAAUUUAAAAAUUGUUUAGAUUUGAACUUUUUAUAGAAGUCAUAAUACCUUUUUUUUUUACUAUUGUAAUAUUUUUGUUAAUGUUUUAUUAUUAUCAUUAUUAUUUUGUGUCCCUUUCAUGACAGUAUAAUUACACAUUGUGAUAGAUCAAACUUGCAGAUAGUAUUGCAGCAUAAUCUCUACUUUAUAUUGUGUAUGAAAAUUCUUUGAUGAUUGAAUCAUUUCCCCCCAAAACAAAAUGGAUAAGUUCUACCAUCCCUCCUUAGUGAAUGUUCACUAUUUAGACAUUUUGCCAAAUGAAACCAUUGACUUGAAAUGAAGGUAAAAAGUAAAACAAAAAAAAAGCGUAUUAAAAAUAUCAAUUUAAAUAAAUGAACAAGCUUACUACUUAUAAGUCCCCUUUCAUAAAAGAUUCCUUAAUUGAGCUAAAGCUAAAGGUAAAGCAAAGUUAAGAAAAAUAGAAAAAAAAAUAGAUACUAAAACUUAUACUGAGUUUGAAAUAAAAAAAAAUAUAAAAAAUUUAUACAGAAUGUUGCCCAUUAGUUGAACUUAAAACUACCAAAAUGUUCUGAUAAAUUUAGACAAGUAUAUGAACUCUAUGUUGAGUUAAAUUGGAAAAAAAACUUGUGGCAGAAUAAGACAGAGCACUAAUAAAGUAGAUCCUGUUUAAUUCCUGUUUAAUUCUAUGUAGACAAAAUAUUUUGAACUCAUAACUAUCAAUGUAAACUAUGUCACUAUGAACUAUUACAUAACUAGAGGAAAGGUAAUUUUUUUCUCUUCUUUUCUACAAUGUAAUUAGUUUAAAAAAACAAAAAACAAGAUAGAAUUCUACUUUCUCCACAUUUUAUAAUUUUUUUUUUUUUUUUACCUAUUCUUAGACAAAAUAUCAGAAAUGCUAGCAGAAAAAUUAUAUUUCUAUUUCUUUAUAUAAUAAUAUCUCCCUUAAACAACUAAAUUUAAAGAAUCAAAGUAAAUCAUGUCUUAAGACUAACUAGCUGAAAUUUAAAAAAAAAAGGUAACAUGUCAUUACUUUACUAAUAGAAAAACAGGAUUCAAACAACAUUUAAAAACAUUCCAUACCCAUUAGUUGUUUGAAGUCAGUAUGUCAAAUGAGAUUCUAGAGAAAAUAUUCAUUGAAUGUGCUUGUCAUUGUGAUGUUGAAUGUUGUAUCUAUCAUGUAUAUUGGUUAUAGAAGUCAAUGAAGUCAAAAGAAUUUAAAUUAUUCUUUGCAUCAACUUAUUUAUUUUUUGUUUAUAAAAAAUGGCAUUGAUAUCAGAGGGCUUUAUUCAGUUUUCAUUUUUGUAGGCAAGUGCAUUGUAAUUUGUUUUUUU